GUAUUUUGCCCCCCGUCCGCCCCUCCGGUUCUGCCCUACUGAGGAUGCUCGUGGCCGGAGGUGGGGGGGGUGGGGGUUUAAGGGGUGGGAGUGCGGCUCUGUGCGGUGUGAGAUGGGCUGUUCUGUGUUUGGUGCGGGGUUUGGGUUCUGCUGGAGGGGUUUAUUGGUUCCCGGUGCUUUUCCCUGCUGUUGGUUGGGCUGUAAAGGGUGGGAGCGGCGGCUCCGUCGGUUUGUGAUACGUUGAAUGAAGUUGUAUCCUGGUUUUCUCUCUGAGUUGUUCAGAAAGGAUGGGAACAGCUGCUCUAGAAAAGCAGUGUUGAUACACGGGGUAUCCCAGCUAUGCAGUCUGUGCUUGCUGCAGCCCGCGGACCUGCAGGUUAUCCCGUGCUUGGUCUUUGCUGGCAGUUCCCAUGCUCCAAAAAAGCAGAGCUUCCCACACCUUUUUCCAUGAUAGAGGCAUGAUCCAUGUUCGGAGGCUCCUGCCGAGGUCGUAGGGGGAAACUUGGCUGCAUGCAGGAGGGAAGAGCUGUCACUUCUGGGAGCAAACGCCCUCAGGACUUGGGCUGUGCUGUGAUUUUCGCCUUGUUUUUAGCCUAGAGGAUGGAUCUCAGCUCCUUGCAAAGCUGUUUGCUUUGGGAAGCCCCUGCCCAGGUGUCUGCAGUGCAUUUCACCCAGCACAUCGCAGCAGAUUUCUGGUGCUUCCUGGUGUGCUCUGAGGAUUUCAGUCCUUCCUGCUUGGCUGCCUGAUGUGAGCAGGAAGUGGGAGAGCGAAAAUGGCAGCAAAAGUUUUUGCAGCAAGGCUGAAAGCACUGAAGGCGUGGGCAUGUGGGAAGGUGAUGGGGUUAGAGCUGGGCAAGAGCAGGUCCUAAACCUUUCUGAUGCGUAAUUUGUGUAAGGACACGUGGAAAUGUUAGGGCCAAUCCAUGCAGGUGUGUAAUCUUGUCCUGGGCAGCAUGGCAGGAGGGUGGAGGUGGAGUGCAGGUGCACACGAGGUGCAUUUUCCAGCAGUUUAUAACAGUUUGGCUGUGUCCUGUAUGGGCAAGAAGCUCUCUGGGAUGGGGAUGGUGCCCGGUUUUGGGUCUGUGUGUGAUGCUCUGUCCUGUCUGGGGCUGCUCUGAUUUGACAGAAGUGUUUUGGAGCUCUGCAGCAUUGUUUCUAGAUGUUCAGAGCGAUGAACUCCAGCAUCCUGAGGCUGUGGGUCUGGAUUUGUGCUGUGUCUGUGGCAAAGCUGGGGCUUUGCAGUGGCUGGAGCAUGAGCGUCACGGCUCUGGCCUUUGUUUCUGUGUUCACACUUCAUUGGGCUGUAGGUUAUAAUGAAAACCCAGGCUGUGUCUGGUGCUGGGAGCUCAGCUUUGGUUGGGAACGGUGGCUUGGUGUGUUUUGAGGCAGGUGGCUUUAGGGAUGUGAGUGGCACCACCCGUGGUUUUGGGGUGCUGGGCUGAGGGCAAGCAGAGUUUUCUCACUUCAGGGCACUUAGAAAUGACUCCUGGGAGGCUGAGUGCCAGUUCUGCCAAACCAUUUAGAAACUGUUCAAAGGCAAUAUAUUAAGAUUUGAAAACGUCAGUUUGUGUGCCUGGAGUCUUUGUGGAGCAGGCUUGGGGGCUUUUUCCUGUUCAAGUGAUGGAUGAAAUGGUAGAUGUGCUUUUUUUUUUUUUGAGAAAGACCAAGAGAUCCUGCAGUCAUGUAUUUAACAGCUGGGACCUUGAGGAGGGCAAAAAGAGAGUGCUGGCAGUGCUCUGAACCAGGGCAGCUCCUGCAUCAUUACCCAGCUCCAGCAGGGUUGUGUGCGAAUCCCUUUGCUUUGACUGGGGUCUGAACCGUGUUUGUCGAAGGUUCAAGCACCAAGACCUUAUUUAUUUUUUUCUGAUGUGAUCGGUUACCUCUUGUCUUCUUCCAGCUGUAGCAGUGUCCUGCUUUGUUCCCUCCAGCCAGAGCGUGGGGACAGGGACGGCUGCGCAGGACGGGGAGCUGCUGUGACCCCGUGCACCUCGCCACGGGUGCCCCAGGCCGUCCCCAUGGACCUGCGCAUUGGGCAGCGUGUUGUCAAGCCCGGCUCCGACACGGCUUUGCUGGCUCUGAAGCACACGCAGCAGCUGCAGCACCAGCUCUUCCUCGCCAGCCUGCACCAGCAGCAAGUGGAGCAGCUCGCCCACCAGCACGUCAGGGUGACCAUGGAGACCUCGCACCGUGAGGCAGAGCCUGGGCAGCAGGAGCAGGAGCUGCGGCAGAUCCUCAAUAAGGACAAGAGCAAACGAAGUGCUGUUGCCAGCACGGUGGUGAAGCAGAAACUGGCUGAGGUCAUCCUGAAGAAGCAGCAGGCAGCAGCUUUGGAAAGAACCAGCAACCCCAACCCUCCAGCCAUGCCAUACAGGUCUCUGGAACCUUUGGAUCCUGAAGGUCCUUCCCCUCCUGUACUCAGCACCUUCCUGUCCCCGGUCCCUAGCACUUCUCUUGAUCCCCCAGAGCAUUUUCCACUGCGGAAGACAGCAUCUGAGCCCAACCUGAAGGUGCGUUGCAAGCCCAGGAAGUGCCUGGACCGCCGCAAGAACCCCCUGACACGGAAGGAGAGUGCUCCCCCCUCUCUGAAAAGGAGACCACCUGAGACCAUUGAUUCCUCCCCCAGCAGUAGCAGCACCCCUGUGUCCGGCUGCAGCUCUCCCAAUGACAGCCUCCCUGCUGAGCACGGAGCUCUUCCCACUGCCUCCAGCAUGGCCCACGAGGAGACUGAUGGAUCGUGUUUGGUGCAGGCACCCCUGGCCCAGCGCCUGAUGAUGCAGGAGAGCUCCCUGGCCCAGUUUGCCCUGCAGAAUGCAGUCUCCCUACCUGCCAUCACGCUGGGAUUGCCAGCCACCAGUAGUACCAGGGGAGAUGCAGAUCGUCGCCCUCUCUCUGGCCUGGCACACCGAGUGCCUGUGCUGAACGGACCUGUCCUCACGGGCACACACUCUCCCAUGUUCAUCCCAGCUGGCUUGGAACAGCACGAGGCUGGGAGCCCUUUGUCCCCUCGGCUCCAGCCUGUCAUCAUUCUCGAGCCCUCAGUCACCCACGCUCCACUUGUGGCAGUGCCAGGUCUGGGGACAGUCCCCUUCUCCUUCGCCCCAUCGCUCAUCUCUGCAGAGCGCCUGUCGCUCCCAGGCCACCACAAACCACUGGGCAGGACCCGCUCAGAGCCCCUGCCCCAGAACCCCAAAGCCAUCCAGCAGCAGCUGGUGUACCAGCAGCACCAUGCCCAGUUCCUGGAGAGGCUCAAGCAGCAGACUCACCUGGGCAAGCGCAUGGUGAAAACCAGCGAGAAGCCCCGGCUGCGGCAGAUCCCCUCCUCAGAGGACAUGGAGGCAGAGGGGAUGGAGGCUGGGGCUGAGAGCAGUGAGCAGGUGAGGGCAUGCGUGGAGCCUGCACGGCCAGGGAGCAGCGGGAAGGAACCUGAGAGGCCUCAGAAGAUGCUGCAGCCUCAGGAGGAGCUCAUCCUCCAGCAGGCCUAUCUCUGGGACCCCUACCAGCGUGUGCAGCACCAGCUCCUCAAACGGCAGCCCCUGGCUGACUCCCCCAUGGUCCCAACCAUCCUCGCAGGGCACAGACCUCUCUCCAGAGCCCAGUCAUCUCCUGCCACCGCGACUGUCUCCCUCCCUGCUCAGGAUACGACCUCCAAGGCUCUCUCCCUGCCGGUGCAGGAGCAGACCAGCAAGCCCCAUUUCACAACAGGACUGGUUUACGACUCGGUGAUGCUCAAACACCAGUGCUCCUGUGGUGACAACAGCAACCACCCAGAGCACGCGGGUAGGAUUCAGAGCAUCUGGUCCCGACUGCAGGAGAGGGGUCUGCGCAGCCAGUGCGAGUGCCUGCGGGGACGGAAGGCCACCCUGGAGGAGCUGCAGUGUGUCCACACCGAACGCCACGUCUUCCUCUAUGGCACCAAUCCCCUCAACCGCCUGAAACUGGACAAUGGGAAGCUGGCAGGGAUUCUGUCACAGCGGAUGUUCGUCAUGCUGCCCUGUGGAGGGGUGGGGGUGGACAGUGAUACCAUCUGGAAUGAGCUGCAUUCCUCCAACGCAGCCCGCUGGGCUGCAGGCAGCGUCACCGAGUUGGCUUUCAAAGUGGCCAGCAGGGAGCUGAAGAAUGGUUUUGCUGUGGUGCGGCCGCCCGGGCAUCACGCAGAUCCAUCCACUGCCAUGGGGUUCUGCUUCUUCAACUCGGUGGCCAUUGCCGCCAGGCAGCUGCAGCAGAAAGGGAAACUCAACAAGAUCCUCAUUGUGGACUGGGAUGUUCACCAUGGCAACGGGACCCAGCAGAUCUUCUACAGAGACCCCGAUGUUCUCUACAUCUCUUUGCAUCGUCACGACGAUGGAAACUUCUUCCCUGGCAGCGGAGCUGCUGAUGAGGUUGGUGCUGGCCCUGGUGAGGGAUUUAAUGUCAACAUAGCCUGGACUGGAGGCCUUGACCCCCCCAUGGGUGACCCUGAGUAUCUGGCGGCUUUCAGGACAGUGGUGAUGCCAAUCGCACAUGAAUUCUCCCCUGACGUGGUGCUGGUAUCAGCUGGCUUCGAUGCAGCUGAUGGCCACCCACCACCCCUGGGUGGCUACAAAGUCUCUGCUAAAUGUUUUGGCUAUAUGACCAAGCAGCUGAUGAGCCUGGCUGGGGGUGCCAUCGUCCUGGCACUGGAAGGAGGCCACGACCUCACAGCCAUCUGCGAUGCAUCCGAAGCCUGCGUGUCAGCCUUGCUGGGCAAUGAGCUGGACCCUCUGCCAGAAGAAAGCAUGCGGCAGAAGCCCAAUGCCAACGCCGUGCGCUCCUUGGAAGCUGUGAUCCAGGUCCAGAGUAAAUACUGGGUGGCCGUGCAGCGCUUUGCCUCCAAGCUGGGCUGCUCCUUCCUGGAGGCUCAGCACCACGAGGCAGAAGAGGUGGAGACGGUCACAGCCUUGGCCUCCCUCUCAGUGGCUGUGAUGGUGGAGAAGAGGCCACAAGAUGAGCCUAUGGAGGAGGAGGAGCCCAUGAACCAGUGAUGAGCGGUGAUGUUCUCUGCUCCCCUGCUUCCAGGACGUGGUUGGACUCUUCCCGAGCCCAGUGCUCGCUCUUCACUCCUGGCUUCCCAUUUGCCACUCACUCCCUGAGUCACAGUCCUGAAAGGGGCUGGACCUUUGGCUGCCACGCAUCCAAGGAAGGAUGUUCCUGCAGCCACCCUGGAGAUGGCCUCCUGCUCGGGACAGAUGGAAAACAUCAACCUCCCUCUGCACAGCACGGUGCUGCCAUCCUACACUGUGCCUGCAAUCAGUCCCCAACCUUCAGAACCCGAAAUCUUUCUUGGGGAUGUGCAAGAGGCCACCAGCCUUCUGGUGGUGCAGACCUGCCCUUCUCCUGGGAUCUUCCUCAUGCUUGGGGAACGGGUGGGUGUUGGGAUGGAUGUUGUGGCCGCACCAUCAGAACUGCACCUAGAGCUCCUCUGCAGUCAGCUGUGCCUUGGAGCAGCAGCCCUCUGUCUUGCUUGAGGGGGACAGGCUCUCAAAAGCCUCCCUAGUGCUCCUCUUCCUUUCUGUAGGGCACAAGGUUGGGAGCAAGAGUGCCAGAGCUAUGGGCUGUGACCUCAUUCUGCACGAGAAGGGUUUGGAAAGCAUUGGAUGAUGCACCCAUUGCUUUGCAGCUGGGGAAGAGCAAGGGCUGGAGUGCCUGCAGUGCCCAGGAUUGCACCCGUGGGACAUCUUAACCACUAACCAGAGAGCGAACCCUCUGGUGCUGGGGCUCUGAUUUGCACUAUAUACAUAUGAGAUGUGCUAAUGUGAACCUUAUGUACUCUUCUUUCCAUGGGAAUUUUGGGAACAAACACCUCUGUGUGCGUGUGUGGACAUUUACCAAGGUGCCUUGAGCCCUUUCCAGCAACCUGCUGGCCUGAUGAGGAUCUGUGUCCCUACAGUCCCUGGCUGUCUUCCAGUGUCCCCUUUUGGAGGAAGUGGCACCUGGUGCCCACCUUCCAGUGGCUGCACCCAAUUCUCCAGCUGAGAUCAGAUCCAGUCCUGGUCACCCUCUGCUUGGAGCUCAGCUCCCCAAGGACCCCCAGAGUUCCCCAUUUGGGUUGUACUGGGAUGGCAGAGGUGUGGGGUCAGCCCUCCCAAAAUGCUGCAUCCAGCUGGAUUUGCCUUCUUCCCCUCUCAUAAUGCAGCGGAGCAUCCUCACCCUGAGAGCCUCAUCCUUCCCUCUGUCCCCCCUUGGGCUCUGGGUGUCACAGCAGGGUUUGUGGACAGUUAGGCUGGGGAGAAGGGGAUGGAUGGGGUGCUGAGCUCAGGGGGCAGCCAGGCUCCAUCUGCAGGCAUAGGGAGGAAAUUUUGUAUAAAAGAAAAAAGGAAAAAAAAAAAAAA